GGCGUUUGCACGCUGGCCACAAUUUUAUAGUACGGCCUUCGCUUUUUCGUGCAGUCUCCUCCCGCCCGGAGUCGCCGCUUUAGGAAAUAAAUUAAUCUCUGGCUUUACUCUUCCCACGUCCCCUCCCUGAUCAAUCCCCUGCACUUCUAGAGAUUGAAAAAUAACUGCAGAGAAGAAAGGAAGGGGCUGUAGCAGAAUCAAGGAAACAUUCCCUGAGAGGCCUCCUGGAGAAGGAGAAUUUCCUGCUUUUUUAAGUCGGCUGCCAAAAUCGGUUAUUUCGCUCCUAUCCCCAGAGCUUCGGUUGCUCUUUCACUUCCCAAUUCCUCAAGAGCACUGGGCGACAAAGUUAUGGAGAAGCGCCUGCAGGAGGCCCAGCUGUACAAGGAGAAAGGGAACCAAUGUUACCGGGAAGGGAAGUACCGAGAUGCUGUGAGUGGGUACCAUCGAGCUCUGCUGCAGCUGCGGGGUCUGGAUCCAAGUCUGCCCUCUCCGAUACCUAAUCUGGGACCCCAGGGCCCGGCCCUCACACCUGAACAAGAAAACGUACUGCGCACCACCCAGACAGACUGCUACAACAACCUAGCUGCCUGUCUUCUUCAGAUGGAGCCAGUAAACUAUGAACGGGUGAAAGAAUACAGUCAGAAAGUCCUGGAGCGACAGCCUGAUAACGCCAAGGCCUUGUAUCGGGCUGGAGUGGCCUUUUUCCACCUGCAGGACUAUGACCGGGCUCGGCAUUACCUCGUGGCCGCUGUCAACAGGCAGCCAAAAGACGCCAGUGUCCGGCGGUACCUUCAGCUAACGCAGUCAGAACUCAGCAGCUACCAUCGGAAAGAGAAGCAGCUCUACCUGGGCAUGUUUGGUUAACAAAGAAGAAAGAUACCCCCCUCCACUGGAACUUCGGUGAACCAUUAAAGAGCCAUCAAGGGGAAACCUGAGCCUCAGCAAGAGAAAUUAACCCCGUACCUCUGACCGAGGUGAACUUCUGUUUUGUUUCUAGUUCUGCACGAACUCUUUAUUGCUUACAUGGUCUGUGUCUGUUUUUGUUUCUCCAUCUAUGUAUUUAUACGGCUUUUAAUAUGUGGUAUUAUUAGGGAUAUUUGCCUUGAGAAAUACAACCAGAAAACAUUCAUCAGUUAUGGGUGGAAUUAAUCAUAUCUUUGGCAGAGAUUUUAAUGAUAGAUGUUGGUAGAUGUAGUCAUGUACAAAGGAGAAGGCUAGCAGAGGAUGAAGGGAUAAGGAAGGCAGAAAGGAGUUUCUUCCUUCAUUUCCUCAGAUUCCCAAAGCCAAACUUACACAGGCCACAAACUGGCAAAUAUAUAUACUGUGAAACUAGACAAUUAUAAAUUGGGCCCACACGGCUCAGAAUGAAAGAUUUUAAAUUAACCAUCUUGAUUAAAAUAAUUCCUUUGUCUUAAUGUUCCACAUACAUUCAGAUUCUUUUUCCCCCACAAAAGUAUCUAGCUCCUCUUGUUUCUCUUGGUAAUUUCUAGUCCUUGCUAUCGUUCACACUCAGAUCAUUAAUAGAGUAUACUUAUUUAUUUUUUUAUUAAACCCUUCUGUCUUAAAACUUCUGGAGUCAAGCAUUUAAGUAUAUAUUUUGUAAUCUUUUAAAAGCUCUCAUGCCAAAAAAACACUCGUAAACAUUUUAAUUUUUAAUAGGUGCAUAUCUAUAGUAUGCUCAUUUCUCUAAAAAACCAUAGGAAAGACAGUUUACCGAGUCUUCUAGAAACAAUACCAUAAAAGAACAGGAUAAAAACAUAGAUCUGUUCUUUACUUGUUACCUGCCCCCUUGUAUUUUGCAGGAGCUCACUUCCUUAAAGAGGAGGGAAACAGUGAGGAAAGGUUCUCUUCCCCUAGGGCCUUUUAAGCACCAACGAACUUUCUGGAAGAUUUUUUGGGCAUGGGUGCAGGCGCAGAUCUGGUGCAGUCAUGGCUCAGUAGGAGGCUUCAUCAACCGGGAGCUCCUUUGUCAUUCUGCUAAUGUCCACAAUGUAUGAGUUGUACAGAGUAGAUAAGACCAUAAUAACACUGCCUCUACCUUUAUGAGUGAAGGUAAUAAGCUGCUGUAUCAUUAGCCAUCAUACACAGACAGAUUUCCGACAAAAACCCCUUAGUCUUGCCAAGUGUACACAAGCUCCUCUCCCUUUAUCAGUAAUGCCUGUCUCUCAAUGAGCUAGGCUCCUCUUUGAGUCUCCCUGUACCCUUAAAUAAUAGAGCCAUCAACUUACAAACAAAAAGUUUUCAUACCAAAUAAUCUUUUAAGUCCAAGGACAGAACUAACAAAAGUUGAAUAUUUGAUUCCUCUUCCAAGUUUCUUAAAUUUCUAAGCCUAGACUGUUGCCAAAUUAUGUCAUGCAUGGUUGUGUGUUAUGUUUGUUUGGGGUUGGUUUUGCUUUCUGAUUUUCUUUUUUUCCCCUAAGACUUGAUGUUACAGUAAGCUAUGCUCUGCAUCAAUGAGGAAAAAAUAAAACUGAUAUUUAAAAAUGUA